AUGGCAGAGUUAAAGAGAACCCAGCGGGGGGAGACGACACAGGCAGUGGAGCGUCAGGGAAAGUUCAGACGCCGAGGAUACAACCUGAAGGUCAACGGUCGGACCAAAGCCACACUGCUGCUGCUGCUGCUGCUGCUGCUGCUGCUGUUGUUGCUGCUGCUGCUGCUGCUCCAGACAGACUCUUCCUCACCUUACAUAUUAAUGUGGUGUACGAAGGCGGGCAAAGAAGAAGGCGGAAGUGUGUCGGGGUCUGGGGAGCUCACACCUGUGGAGCAGGAGGUGGAGGGAGUGGAGGAGGUGGUUCGAGGGGGAGAAGGAGGUGGUGGAGGAGGUGGACGUGGUAGAGGAGGAGCAGGAGGUGAAGUGGUGGAUGAGGAGGAGGAGGUGGACGAGGAGGAGGUGGUGGGGGAGGUGGUGAUGGAGGAGGUGGAGGGGGUGUUGGAGCAGGAGGAGAUGAUGGAGGAGGUGAAGGGGGAGAUGGCGGUGGAGGAGGAGCAGGAGGAGGUGGUGGGGGAGUUGGUGAUGGAGGAGGUGGAGGGGGUGUUGGAGCAGGAGGAGAUGAUGGAGGAGGUGAAGGGGGAGAUGGCGGUGGAGGGGGAGCUAGAGGUGGGGGAGAAGGAGGAGGUGGUGGAGCAGGAGGAGAUGAUGGAGGAGGUGAAGGGGGAGAUGGCAGUGGAGGAGGAGCAGGAGGAGGGGAUGGAGGUGGUGAUGGAGGUGGUGGAGGGGUAG